AUGAAGUCGCUAUUCAAAGGCAAAAGAUUUUACAUCUACUGUCCUCCUGAUCAUCAAGCUGAAGGAGAGAACGAAAUCGUUGGCGAGGAAGAUUGGGAGAAGGAUGUUAGGUAUUGCAAGAGUGACAUUGAGUCAUACGGUGGACAAGUCAUCACCUCCCCGAAUUACAACGUCAAUCAUAUCCUCAUCUACCCUACUCAUCUCGAACGAUACCUGGGUAAUUUCAACCACAACCACGAUUAUGGUUGCUCUCAUCUCAAACCCGAUUUGAUUCUUGAUAUUCCCCUUGAACAAGUCGCUCCGAUCGACGAUUGGGAUCAAUUCGAAUACGGAAUCAUCCCUUGGACUGUUGCUAAGAUUAUUGAAAGAUAUGGAGACACUACUCCUUCAGGAACAGGGAAAGAGGUGAUCCUCAAAUUGGGUUGGGUCAAAAGCUGCAUCAGUGCUCAGAGAGUGUUGGAUCAGAGAUAUGGUGAAUUCGGGUGGGCAGGGAUGAGCAUCAGAUCUCGAAUCGCUGCCAAUGGUGAACCCGAAACUGGGCCGGGUAGAUCGUCGACGGACUUGAUUGAGAUAUCAGAUGAGGACCUCGACUCGGUUUUCUCCACGCCAAGAGUACGAUCUGAACAGUUUCAUGACGAUGACGAGAUGGAGGAACAGGUCGGUGUGCAGAUGCUAGUUGAGCGGGAGGAAAGUAUCUCAGCCAAUAACUCCGAUCAUUUCCACAAUUCCGCACUUCCUUCUGUCGAUCAAGCUAGCGACGAUAUGAUGACAGCCAGCGGACCCAGCUCAGCUAUCCCAAGUCAAGCAAUACAUGAGAAAUGGGAGUGUGACAUCCACGCUGAGCUCGAUCGACUCCUGGGUCAAAAAGGGAAAAAGAAGGCAGUAAUAAAUCAAGCUGCACCAGUGGAAUCCCUGAGGAUUUAUCUCCGUAAAGGAGCUUCACUUAUCAAAUUUAUUGUAGAGGACUUGGGCCAUACCACCAGGACAAUCGAAGUAGCCGAUGUCAUUGUUCUUCAGAGACUUGACGAUGGACCUCCCUCACUUCGAUCUAAGACCGAAGACGAACGACAACUCAUUGGAUCCGCCAAAGAACAUCAGAAGGUCGUGUCCUCACAAUGGUUGAUCGAAAGUUAUAAAGCUCGUCAGACCAUCAAUACUGAUCAAUUCACAAUCAAACUUGCACCUUGCAAACACAAGCCCGCUGUAGCUAUCUCUGCUAAUUCCCCAAUCGCCGGGAUCGAUCAAGUGGCACUUGUCAGAUCGUAUCCACCUCUACGCAGUGCAGCCAUUAGUUCCUUCAAACCAAACAAGAGAUCCCUACCGGUGACAGUCUCCGGGGAUGGAUCGGACGAAAUGAAUUCAGAGGACGAGAUGGACAUGGUAGAAUCGUCUGAUGACGACUACAAUGACGAUAAGGACAACAACACGUUCCGAUUCAAACGAGCCAAAAAGGUGUAUGGUGUUUCCGCAAGGCCAUCGGUCAUACGUGAUCAAGCCCAAAGACGACGACGUGACGAACACUUAUGUAGACUCAUCCUGGAUCAGCCUGAAGGAAUUGGUAUGUACGCUUACUUGACAGGGUGUGAGCCCAAAUACGGGAUAACCAAUUGGGGGAAAUCUUACAAUUCUCACAAACAAACUGGAAGAAUCGACCAGAUGGUCAAGAACAUGAGAGAACAGAUGAGCAAAAGGAAGAAGGCGGAGUCAAAAGAACAUAUGUGA